AUGGCUCCUCGUGGUAUCGCGAUCAUCAUUGGAAGUGGUGCUGAUAAUGGCCUAAUUGUAUCUCGAAUUCUUUCAAAUCCCAAUAUGGGCAAUUUAGCCGUUGCCCUUCUCUCCCGAGAUCGACAAGCACUCCCCAUCAUACGCAGGGAGAUCCUCACACAAACCCCCGGGUCCAUUAUAGAAACCUUCUAUACAAACCACGACCCCACAACUCUCCGGAACGCCUUUAAAGAUAUUCGCAAACACCCCUCUUUCGACUCCCUUCCUCUGGCCCUAUCUGUGUUCACCCUCAGCAGCCACAGCUCCACACCAUUCAUGGACAAAGCCUUUCAAUCCUAUCGCGAAUCCAUACCUACCGACUCAAGCAACAGUUUGUACAUUUAUGAAAAGAGCUCAAUUCCAUCUGUGGGGGCAAAGGAUGAGUGGCAAUUGAUAGGUAGUUUUAUUUCGCCGAAAAGAGCUGCCGUUUUCCUGGAUAUGAGUCUCUCUGAGAUGAGAAAACAUGUGAUCAGUGAACUUUCUGAGAUUACCGGCAAGCAAAAUGGAAGCACCAUAUUUUACCGGAACGACGGCGACUGGCAAGCAAACGCAGAAUGGUUGAGUCGGUUGGCGAGACGAUGGGGAUGA